AUGAACCUUGGCACUGCCUAUGAUUUCUGUAAGGACUUGCAAACCCGAUUACAUUUCUCCAAAGUCCCGAUCUUCAUUAAAUCGUAUUCAUUAAGGAAGCUCUUGGAUAAUGAUCAGAUAAUCGAAUCAAAUUCCAAAAGUCCAAUCCAAAACGAGCAAAUUUUUGUGUUCAGACAAAAUAACUUACACUUUUCACAAGAAUUGACUCAUCAAGACAUUUUAAAUGUUUAUGAAUUCAAGUCAAUCGAAUAUACUCUUCUCCACGAUAAUAUCUUAAAGUUUAAGGAAUUUUUCCAAAACUAUUCUCCUUACACAGUUGAUUGCUUCAUGUCUAUGAUUGAUUCUCCACACUACAAAGAGCUUAUUCUUCUUGAUGCCUGCGCUUAUUACGGAGCUUCGAAAUGUUUUCAUUAUCUACUCGAAAAUGGUUCUCCUAUCUCUUCGGAAACAUUCAACUGUGCUGUAAUUGGUGGCAAUCCAGCAAUUAUUCAUACUUGCGAAUCCAUUCCUAACAUAAACAUUAGUAAUUCCGCAAUCGAUCUUGCCAUCAAAGCUCAUCGUUACACAGUUGCCCUUUGGCUCGAAGUUAAGUAUAAACUUAGGUUCUCAUGGAAUUCAGUUCUCGAAACAAAAGAUUACAGAUUUUUAAUCAACAAAAUUAAGAAAAUCAAAGAUAUUAAUUGCGUUGAUUCUAAGAGAUCCACAUUACUCAAUGCAGCAGAAACAUAUAAUGAUACUGAGAUCAUCAACUGGGUUAUUGGAGCGAGUAACAAAAAUCCAAUGAACCUAAAAAAACUUGCACAGUGGGUUGUUAAAGGCAACGUUUCAACUUACGUAAAGAACAUCGCAAGGUUCUAA